AUGGCACAGACAUACGAUGAGACGACGCUGGUGGCGAGCUAUCCAACCUCGCCGAGGCCACGGCGCCUGCCCAUGACGUCGCUUUCAACAAACCAGCGGUCAUACUCGCGUAUGAGCUCUAAGGGGAUCUUCGGCGACGAGUCCCCGCUGUUGUUGUCGCCGUUGCCGAAGUACCCGAACCGGCGCCGCAGCAUCACCUUCGCCGAUGAGACAGAGGCGACGGUGCGGGAGGAGCGGCCGUGCUACACCGUGUGGGACGUCGCUGCGACGCCGAAUGCCCAGCUGGCAGAGAGCCCCAGCAAGCGGACUGUGCCUAAGCCAACGUCGGGCGAACAGCGCUGCCUCAAUGCCGCUGCAACGCAUGCAUAUGGCGGCUCGACCGUCGCCGCCCCGAAGUCACCGACGCCAAAACGAGCGCGAUCCAACAGUCGACAGCGUCGCGCGGUGCGCAGGCAACAGGCGCAGUUGCACCACGGCUUCUACGAUGACAGUAUUGUAGAGGAUUACGUCCUCAAGAUAAGGAAGGAGCUGGAGGACAAGGAAGAGCAGCGCCGCUUAGAGGAAAAGUUAGAGCAGCAGGAGAAAGAGAAGGCGGAGGCCGAGAACAAGGCCGCGCAGGCCACUGUGAAGAUCAAUGCGCUGCAGCAAGCUAAGGAAUACCUUCUCUCAACCGCAAAUACACGACACGUUUCUCCUGUGUGCUCAAGCUCGGAGCGGCACGAUGGUGUUAGCGUCUCGCGGUCGCGCAACCACGCGACAAAGAAAGAGAUGGACCUCGUGCAGCAUCAGCAGCAGAGCGAUGAGGAGAUUGAGGCGAUAGAGGAAGCUCUGCGGCAAAAGUCCACAAAGUCCACUAAUCGAUCCAUGCCAUUAGUCACACGUGCGAAUGAGGGGGAUGCCGCGGGCUCCAAAAAACGACUGCGAGACUCCUCGUCAAAGAAAGGGGGCCGAUCCGUGCCGCUGGUGCAGGGGCUUCACAUAGACGACGAUGACGAUGAUGGUGACACCAACGAGGGCAACGACGGCGAUGGGCAUGAUGGAGAUGCAGCGAGACGGAAGAAAGCCAAACUAGAGCGCAUCAUUGCUCGCGUAAUCGAGCAACAGGCGAAACGUCGCCAUGGGAAGCGUAGCGUUGUGGUUAUUGACUGGGACUGCGCCGAGUCCGAGGAGCUACCGCUGGAUGAUGAUGAUGAUGAUGCGGCGGAGGCUGCGGAGCGGCACGUGGUGGUGACGGCGCCGCGGUGUCGCAAGGCCCCGUCGCUGAAGCACACAGACAACGUGGUGAAACCGACGCAGCCGCCUCAGAAGCAGCAGCAGCAGCAGCAGCGAAGGCAAACACCAGCGGCCCGCACCACCUCGGUGCGUCGUGCUCCGUCGAAGAAGCGCAACGACAGUGUGAGCGAGGCGCCGGAUUUGGGGGAGGACUCGCUUCUUCUGGAAGAAGACCAGCCGGUGUUGCUGCGCCGUCCGACAACAAAGCGACGUGUCCCGACGCGCUCCAUCUCGCAUCUCUCGGCAGAUACGGACGAUGAUGCCGUCUUUGCGCAGGCAGCAGACGUGUCGCACAAGCCGCCACAACGCGCCGUUGCCCCCAAGACCGCGCGGCGCGGCCGCAAGGCAGCUGCUGCAGCUGUUCCGCCAUCUCCACCCGCGCCACCUGCUCCUCGUACGUUCACAUCCACCCGCCACGAUCCAUUCGUUGACGUUGAGGCGGUGGCGCCUCCACAGGCCCCGGCCACAACACGCAUUCGCCGUGGCCCCGCUGCGAAACCCCCCAUCCCGGUGGCUUCCGCGGACGAUCCGAUGGCUGUUUUCUACAGCGCUGACUUCCCCAGCCCAUCGAAGUUCGAGGAGAUGUUGUUGGCUGCUGGUGGUGUGCCGGAAUUGCGUCGAGCGGGCCGCGGGCAACAGAGGCAGCCGGCUCUGCUCUUGCCAGACUCCAUUUCCCGGCGUCGCUAA